AUGCGUUACGUGGCUGCAUAUCUCUUAGCUUCCUUCAGUGGAAAAGAACCAACCAGUGAUGAAAUUGAAAAAAUCCUUAGUUCCGUUGGUAUUGAAUCCGACUCCGCUAAAGUUAGUCUCAUUGUCAAAGAACUGAAAGGAAAGAAUGUUGAUGAAGUUAUUGAGAGUGGCAGGUCUAAAUUAGCCAGCGUACCUACUGGUGCAGCUGUAGCGGCUCCUGCCGCAGCUGGAGCUGCAGCACCAGCAGCUGCUGAAGAAAAAUCCGCCAAGAAAGAGGAAAAGAAAGAAGAAUCCGAUAAUGAAUCUGAUGAUGAUAUGGGCUUUGGACUGUUCAACUAA